CGCCUCGUGUGGGCUGCGUCUUCAAUUCCACUCGUGAUUUCUGUCUCAUUUAUGAGCUAAGUAACGUUUCAGUGUUUGCAUGUUGACGUGUUCCUUUAAUAAUUCUCAGUUAAUUUUAUUUUAGCCUACUGUUUGAUAACCGCGGCAAAGAUUGAUCAUGGCAAAGCACGUGAUUAGAUAAAUUAUUUUUGUUCUUUUUUUUUAUUUAUUUUUUGUACAAAAAUAUUUUUAUAUUAUUACUUUAUUUUGACUUGACUUGGCUAAGAUACUAUUUGCAGUCUGUAUUUGCGCACGUAGUGACAGAAGAGUUUGUGUCGCGUGGGGAAAGUUGCGCGAGGAGCUCCAGUGCGCGUGAAUCAGAAUGUGAUGAACACGAAGGAUCAUUUAAUGAUAUCAAACUCAUCAUAUCACAUGAACAAGGAUCGUCUCAUCAGAUCAAACACACCAUCACAAGCCCCGGUGCUGCUCAACGGAUCAAAUGAUGUUCAACCGAAAGCGCGUGGACAGCUCGCGCGCCUGAAAUCACCAACCUGAUGAUGGACGCAAAGGUGAAGAACUAUUAACGGAGAAGAUGGACGCGUCUCUCCAGAGGAGUUUGAGUGUUUUGGAUCGUCUUCUCCUCACACACUCCAUAUGGUUGCAGCUGUCAGUCAACCCUGACUCUGCCCACCAGAUCCUGCAACGAGAGAUAGUCGGGACAUUUCUGGUGUGUAAGUGUAGCGCCUCCCACAGGAAGGUUCUGUGUGUGCGGGUGCAGGAGGGAGGUGUGUCACAGUAUCCCAUCCGUGAGGAAGACUCCACAUUUUCUCUAGAAAGUUCCGCCCUGAGCUUCCCUGAUCUCUGCAGACUAGUGGCGUUUUACACCAUCAGCAGAGAUGUAUUACCUUUCCCACUGGAGCUCCCAGAAGCAAUUAUACAGGCCACAACACACACCCAGCUGGAAAGCAUUUCGCAUCUGGGUUUAGAGUUCUGGAGCUCUCAGACGUCCCCUGGCCUUCCUAAUGGCCCCCCUCCGCCCUCAGCGCCCCACCGGACAUCCAGAUUGAUCAGCCCAUGUUUUGUCAAUCCCCUGUUCCUUCAGCCUCCCCAACCCAGCAGAACUGCCUCACACAAACGGCACCGCUUCAAACGCAGCCUCAGGGUUCGUGUGUCCAAUGAAACCUCUCUCAGCCUGUCGGGUGGAGAAUCGGACCUAACCCAGGGGGAGACGCAUGGACAGACUGCCAACCAGGGAGGCCCAAGACGGACAGGAGGAUUGAGUGUGCUCAGGAGGACUCCGGCACUCACUCCCACUUCAGAAGAGGAGGACGAACAGAUGUUGGGACAGAUACCACCCAGUAACUCCUUACCCCAAAGAGACAACACUGAAGUCAACAAAGAUACUGAAGAUGGUGAGGUGUGUCUCGCUUUGGAAAGAACUCGAGCUCCUUCCCUCGCUGAACUGGACAGCAAUAGUUCUUUCAGCAGCCUGGAGGAGGAAGAAGCACAGGCGGACUUUGCCACCCAAUGGCCACCUGCUGCACGUGGUACCCGUUUCCCCUCAGCAAACCCGACCUCGACUCUGCGCCGCAUGACCGCCGCCUUUGUAUGCGUGUUUGCUCCUGAGCGCCGAGUUGCCCGAUUGGUGGACGAACUCUCCCAUGACAGACGCUCCACGUUUGGGUCAUUGGUGCAGGACUUCUUAGAGAAACAGAGGCAGGAGAUGGAGGCCUCAAUGCAUAGUUCUGCUGUGGAGCUGCUUCAGGGCGUGAGGAGAUUUCUGUCCCAAGCUAAAAUUCUCCUCCUUGAAGCAGGAGAAAUAGAACCUCCAAUUGAGACGCUGGUGCCUGAGAAUGAGAAAGAUCUAGCCCUGGAAAAGGCUCUGUUUGGCUGUGUGUUGAAGCCAUUGAAGAUUCAGCUGCACCAGACGCUCGUAUCUCUCCACACUCAGGACGGCUCUUUACAGAGGAUCACAGACAGCAUGUUUGCCUUCCAGGAGGGGGCGCUGGAGCGCCUGGCUGUACGAGUGGGAGUCCUGGACGUUCGUGGUGUAGACAGAGCAAAGGCAAAGCUUACGUUGAUGCAGCGCAGCCAUUCGCCCAUUGACAAGGUGUUGCUUUUGCUGCAGGUGUGCAAGAGUGUGUACAAGGCUAUGGAGACGCAACCUGAUCAGGAAGUGGGGUCUGAGGACUUCCUACCAGCACUGUCCUAUGUGCUAGUUCAGUGUAAUAUCCCACAACUGCUGCUGGAGACGGAGUACAUGAUGGAGCUGCUUGAGCCAUCAUGGCUGACAGGAGAGGGUGGAUACUAUUUGACGAGUGUGUAUGCCAGCCUAUGUCUGAUCCAGAGCAAGCCUGGGACCCCGCCCACCUGCAGUCUGACCAAUGAGGCUCAAGAGUACUUGCGGGAGUGGAGCAGGAGGCGGGGCCAAGAAGCCAAGACCCAGAAGGACAGUCAGCAGAAACAGAGGUUCAUCCGUGUGUUAUUCCAGGACGACAUUCGUAGUGCAGUGCGGACUCUUCUCUGGAAGGCGGGGGAAAAUGUUGAUGCUUUAGCCCAGGCCUGCGCCGGUCUGUUCGGCGUGAGCGAGCCGCAGCACUACUGUCUGUUCUGGAGGAGUGAAGGGGAAAUGCGUCCUCUACCGGCCCACGUUCAGCCCCAUCAGCUGGGCAUGCAUGAGGGAGCGUCCCUGUCGUACCUCCGCUGCGAUCACGACUUCAGCAAGAUGCGCAGACUGACCAGAGGCGGCGCCGUAGAUCUGGGAGAGUCGGUGUGUGAGGAGUGAGGAGAAGCAGGUGCAGAAUAUGACUAUAUUUUUUGUCACAUUCGUGGCAAGAGGAUUAUGGAUGUCACACAGUAUUUGAAUGCUGUAUAUGUGUUCAGUUCUAUGGAUGAUGGUGAUUAUUUUUGUUUGUGUUGGGUGUAAACUGAAAGCACAAUAGCAUUUCCAAUGAAUCAAAGCAAGAAGCGAGAUACUUGGUAAUAAUGCAAAAAGCAAUAUCUGCCAAACAGGAGAUCUAGAAACGCUGUCCAGCGCUCUGAGAUUCAGCUCUCACUUAUUGAUUGGCUUGCAGAGGUGUGUAUUGCAGAGUAAUACCAAAGUGUUGAACAUAAUACAAAAAAACUUAAUAAAAAUAUAUAUGUUUAAAGAAUCAUAUAUGUACACAUCUGACAUGCUCUGAGUAUAGACACUGUGUCUACACUGGAAGUGUUGCAUUAAAUCGUUCCUGUUUGCACUGGAAGUGUGUCACGAUGCACCUUCAGUUCAAGGUUUCUAAGGUUUGACACAUUACUGCAGCCACUUUAUUUCUUUUGUUCAUCUGAUUUUUUUAAAUAUAAAUAUCAUAUGUGAAUUGAUUGCUAUUCAUUUUAUUUAAUUUUACAGUGGGUCCAAAAGUAGUGGUCGACUGAUAUUGAAUUUUUUGAUGGCUGUUAUCUUAGAGAGCAGGAUGGCUGAUGGCUGAUAUAAAGCUGAUAAUAAUAGUAAAAUAUUAGACAGAAUUGUUAAACCGAGACAAAUGAAGAAGGAAAAUGGUAGCUCUAUGCACACGCACUGGUGUUCUCAUCGCUGUAUAAAAAUAAAAAAUAAAAUAAAAGUCCCGCUUAUGACACAUCAGCCAAACAGAGAAACUCACUGGCAGAUGCCAAUAAUUAAAAAAAAAAUUUUAGGAUUUUGAUGUAAGGUUUUGGUGUAAAAUGAAAAAAAGUAAGAUAUUAUCCACUUUCUAAGUCACCAAUCAGCAAAAAUAAGCAAAUUUGCACAUGUGAAGCUCCAUAAAGCUCCAUUAUAACUUAAAUUGUGCUUGAUAACAUGCAACACUUCAUUGUAAUGCUGAUUAAUAUAUUUUUAAUGAAAAAAAAAAUAGGCUUUUCAAGGGGUCGGGUUGGUUUUUUUUUUUUUUUUUCAGAUAUUUUUGAAAGAAGUCUCUUAAGCAGAAAGUAUACUUCAUUUUUUAUGCGUACGCUAGUGUACACAGUCGAACACAGCCUUGCAAAGUAUACUUCACUUGACUCGUACGCGUACACAGGCGUUUGACGCAUGCUCAUUGCGACAAAUUGCAAUACCUCUAUGAGUUACGACCCAUAUAAACCAAUCUUGGUAUUCUUUCAUGCUAGAGUUGUACAAAUGAGGGUACUUUCUAAAAUCUUCAUACAAUCUCUCAUUUAUGUAGGCCUACAUUUUUGCUUUAGCUUGCAUGCGUUCCGGUCUGUUCUGUUUAUGCAGUUUUUCUUCGACUACCUUGUGAAUCGACACUCACAGGGCACGGUUGCCACCUUCUGGAUAAAGUAAUUACUGCAAAAAAAAGUGCACGCACACUAUUCUGAUGACGAAAUUCGCGUCACGCGCGUUGUACGCUGACUCUCGCAUACACAUAAAAAGUGAAGUAUACUUUGGCCUUUAAGCUCAUUAAGGCUGCGUUCAUUUGACCAAAAACGUUAUAAAUAUAUUUCCUGUCACUAUUCAAUGCAUCCUAGCUGAAUAAAAGUAUUAAUUUCUUUAUUUUAAAAAUCUUACUGACUCUAACUUUUGAAAGCUAGUGUAUAUUUAAUAAACAAAAAUGUAACGUGCAAAAUGCAAAUAUAUUGUAGUUUAUUUCGUGAUGAGCUGAUGUGCAGCUUUGACAUUUCCAGUGUAGACAACAGACGCUCUUCCAGUGUAAACACAGUGUAAGUAUCGAGUAUGAAGGUUUGAGUAUAUUGUGAGUUUUGCGGUAACACUGCUGUACUACAGUCUGCUUGUGGUACUCUGAGUUUUACUUGAACUGCACCGGCUAUUUUGUUAGCUGAACAUUAACUGAAUGAACAUCGUGGACUUGAUCAUUGAAUCACCAUUGGCCUGAUAUUUGUGUUUAUUUAAUUUAUUCCUUAAUAUCCUUCAGAAAACAGACUAUUUCAGUGUUUGAAGGAUGUAGUGAACAUGUGGCAUCAUUAUCAUUUGUGAAUACUCCAUGUAAAUAGACUCCAAAGAAACAAGCUGGUUGUGAUUUGCAGAAGUGUUCAGCAAAAAUAGUGUAUCAUGUCACGCUUGCUGAAUGUACUGCUCUGGUUUCACCUCAUGGUGGGCAGAUAAACACGUAGACACUGUCAGGAGCUUGAAUUAUGGCUGCCCACAAUUCAACUCAUACCGGGAAGCAAAUUUUGUUAAGUCAGAAAGAAUUUCCCUUUUGGAUUGAAGAGAGGAGGGUGAUUCUCAAAAUGGCCAUCAAGUGUCAAACUUGGGUAUUUUAUUGAGAGGUUUUAGUUUUAAGCCUGAGUCAUAUGCAGGAAACGGUGUCAUUUGUGCCUGAUAAAUUCAGGAUUUUAAAAAAAAAAAAAAUUAUUCUUUCUGAACCAGUCCUAUUAUUUUAACAAUUAAAGUGCCCCUAUUAUGCUUUUUGGAUAUUACCUUUCAUACAGUGUGUAAUAUAGCUAAUAUAGCUGUCUUAUUGUCUCCCAAAAGAAGGAACGAUUCAGAACUGCUGAAACGAGUCAUCAGUAAUUCCAGUCUCAUUUCCUGACCAAUUCUAUGUAGGUUUGUUACAAAUUUGCAUAAUGGUCUUCAUUGGCUGCCCGUUAACAAUGUUUGACCCGCCCUCGAACACUGUAGUUGUAGUUGAGACUGGAAGAGUUUGGUUUGAAUUGUCGACAUGUCGAGAAGAUGCUGUUUUCAGAGCUGCGAAAGCAAAUCCACUUUGAUGCACUUCCAAAGGAUGAGAUUGUUAUGGUAAAACAACACCAUCGUUUAUGUUGAACGUGAUACACCAAGUACAACAUGUUCCUGGAUCAGUAUCUUUGUUGAUCCUGGAACAAUAUUCCAGUUAACCAAUCAGAUUUGAGGGACAAGUUUACAAUUUAUGUCAAGUUUAGACUUAAAACCAAGGUUAGGUGAUUUUACAUCAGUGUUAUUCAUCUAUCGUUUCCCGCUGAUUUUAGGGAUAACUUAUGGGUUGGGGUAGGGAUAGGGUUAGGACUAAAUACGGUAAAACGACACCAUCGUUACUGUUCGUAUCACUGUGUAUCAAGUGCUGUGGAAGACCUGAAAUUCAGAUAAGGUAAUGGGCGCUUGGUUUCAGACACACACUGUAAGCGGUCGACCAAUCACAACAGACUGGGUCAUCUGACCAAUCAGAGCAGAGUAGGCUCUAGGAAAGGCGGGGUUUAGAGAGACCAAAUCCUUUAUGGAACUGUUUCAGACACUGUGAGAAAAGAGCUGAUGCUGCAAUGUAUAUUGUGAGAAAAUUAAAGUGUUUUUUUAACUUGGAUGUAGUAUCUAUUGUAGGAGACUCCAAAACAAAUUUAGUAACCUUUAAAAUAAUAUAAUAGGGGUUCUUUAGGGCACGCGGUAGAACAACGUCAUAGUUACUGUUACUGUUUGUAUCACUGUGUGAGUACAAGUGCUGAGAAAGCCUCCGCAGCUGAAAUUCAGAUAUGGCAAUUGAGAUUUUUUCCAUGCAAUUCUUCCAUUGGGAUUUUUAAACAGUCUUCUUUAAAGCAUUAUAAGCCAUGAACCAAGCCAACCAGCUACAAGGUGAAUCAUAGCAUUAAAAACUUUCAUUUGAAGCAAAAAAACAUGUGAAAACCGGACAAAAAUAUAAGGAGAAAUAUAAAACUGUAUAUAUAUAUAUAUAUAUAUAUAUAUAUGUAAAUUAAAAAAAUAUUUAAAAAAAAAACCAAUAUGUUAAGUUUAUUACAAAAUAUGCAUAUAUAUACAAAUAUUUAAGUAUUUUGAGAGCGUAGAGAGACUGACUUGAUUUGUUGUGCUUCAUGGGAGUGGGAGGAGCUAAAGAGCUCUUUUGGCACAUUUUGCUUGUUGCAGCUCUCUGAUUGGUGUAAUUACAGCAUCAUGGGAAAUGUAGUUUUUCACCAUGAAUUCUGCUGUUAAACAAGAUUAUUUUAAAACUUAGUCAAAAUAUUACAGGCUCACGGCUUCAACAGAAGCAAAUACCAUUGACUGACAACGUUGUAGAUCACAGUAGGUCUGUCUUUAAAGGUUUAUAAGUUAUCGUUAAAAAUCAAUUUCCCUAUGGAGAAAAUGAAUGGAGUUUUUACUUCCGGAACCAGACUGUUGCACUGUUCAUGGGCAUUUGGUUUCCGACGCGCUGUAAGCAGUAGACCAAUCACAAUAGAUCUGACCAAUCAGAGCAGAGGAAGCUCUCAGAAAGGAGGGGUUUAGAGCAGAGGCGGCCUUUGUAAUUCGGAGGCCUGUUUCGAGAAAUGAGAAAAAUAGAGUGAGUCAUUGAGUAUUCAUAAGACCGAUUUCGUUCAAAAGUGGAUUCAUUCAGUAACGAAACAUCACUGUGUAGCUCGGAGACUGACAAUGGCUUUACUGUGUAUUUGUUUGGAACUAUUUUCAUUGGUGAAAUAGAGCAAAAACAGACAAUAUUCUGAAUCUAAAAUGAAAUGUAAGUCACCUAAUAUUAACUUAUUGUUUAUACUGUUGUAUAAAAUUGAUAUCAUAAUUGCAGUCAUGCUGAUAUUCGGGAAAACAGCACUCUUGCUCAUGUGGUAUUGCUUAAUAUCUAUAUCCUUUAUGAAUAUUAAAAGCAAGAACUCAUACAGGAACUUUUUUUUGCUCCAUAUCUUGAAUUUUGGAGGCAUUUUUAUUAAUUUUGGUGGCAUUUUUGCUCCAAGUCCCCGUUAAUUUACGGCCCUGGUGUGCGCACGGCGUGAUGGCGGGGCUCUUUUUCGAGCACAAGCAGGUGAAACAUAUCAAAGGCCACUACUGGUUUAGUGAGACUGAAUCCUUUAUGGAACCAUUUCAGACACUGUGAGAAAAGAGCUGAUGCUGCAGUGUAUAUUAUAAAAAAAUUACUGUAGGAGACUUUGAUACAAAAUUGUGAACCUUUAAAAUAGCAUAAUAGGGGCACUUUAAACUAUUACCCCAAUCUAAAAUAUGUGGUUACAGCUUUGCAAAGUACCAAUAUUAUUUAUCGUUACUACCUGUUAAUUUAAUUAAAUAAAAGUAAUGUUAACCCAUAUAAAUUUAUAUAAUUAUACAACCCAUUAAAAUGUAAUGAUGGAUGGGAAUAUGCAAAUAUUUAUUUUUCUUUUACAUUAAACGGAGUUAAAUAAGUUCCUGAGGUAAAUCACAUGGCAGCGUUUCCUGCGAAUGUCCCGCCAAAACGACUGUUCCAUCAAAUGCUCUUUCGCCGGUUUCACUUUGACUCUGAAUGUGACAUUGAAAUAUUUUCUUUCUACAGUGUAUUGUUUAACUAUAAAUGUAAUGCUUAUUCUACAUGGGGCUCUGAUUAUGACUUCAGUUGAGUUUUGAUGCUUUUUAUUGCUGGAUCAGUUGAACUCUUGACCGAUGCAUGCGUUCGUUUGUGAUGCGCUUCAUUGUGAUGCAUGAAUGAACAAUAUGCUUCAUAUGACAUCACGCACAGAUUAAUUUCUCUGAAUGUUUACUGCCUACAGAACGGUGCUGUACGCUUGUUCACUGACAUACAGUAUUAAACUCCUAUAUGAAUGCUAA